AUGGAGGUCUCGAACGUGCGCAUGGGCCUCCGGCGCAAGGCGUCCCGGGGCGGCAAGCGCUUUAGCCUCGCGGGAGCGCCGUCCAAGAAGGGCGCGUCGACGCGGCGGACCAUCUUGACGCCGGCCAUGCGCCUCGAGGAAGAGACGAUGGCGGCGACGAUGCUCCAGCGCAUGGUGCGGGCGCGGUUGGCGCGCAAUGCGUUCCGUCGCGUCCUCUGCGACGUCUACCGCAAGGUCUACGAUCAAACCAACAAGCAAGUGCGCUACGUCGACGCCCGGACAGGCCUCUCGACGACGACCAAGCCUCUCUUGUUGCGGCUCUUGCAGUGCGACGGCCAAGAGAUCAUCGAACCUGUGCUGCCCCAUGAUGCAGCGCUCCGCAUCCAGCGCCAGUUCAAGACGUGGCGGACGCGGCUCUUGCUCAAAGACAUGAUUCGCGACUUGUACCAAAAACACAUGGACCCCGAGACGAAAAAUUACUACUAUAUCAACACGCAGACGCACGAAGUGUUUCCUACCAAGCCCGUCUUCCUCGGUGACGACGACAUUGAGAUUGAGCGGUUCAAGUACCGGAACGCCACGUGCCGCCUCUCGACAAGGUCCAAUCUCAUUGGAAAUGGCGUCGCUGUGCUCUACAACAGUGUCGUGUGCGUCCUCACCGACUGUUUUACGCUGCCCGACGAAGACACGGCCCGCUACUCCCGCGUACAAUUCAACUAUAAACCAGGAGGCAUUCCGUUCAUGGUGCGGCUGCGCAGCGACGUCUUCUUCAUGACGUCGCAGUUUGAGAGCAUCCACCAAGCGGCCAUGCCGGAGCUUGAUUUUACGCUGUGCGCGCUCGAUCAAGACGAGUUUCGGUCGACCUCGGGCGAAUCGGUUGAAGCCAUUCGCCUGGUCUUUACGGACCGUCGCCUUUGCUGUGCCCAGGAUGUGCUUCGCCACGAAGAACUCGAGAUUGUUGGCCACCCCCACGGCAAGCAGACGUGUUCGAACCGGAAUCACGUGGACCAGUUUCUUCCUAAUAUGGUCAACCCCAAGCGACUUCGGUACCGCGGGCCGAUGGAGUCGGGGGCAUCGGGAAGCGCCGUCUUCAACUUUGGAGGCCGACUGGUCGGUAUUCACCAUCAACACUCGCUCAAAGUCGCACCGCAUGAAUGCACGCUCGUCAAACCGAUCGUGGCGUUUACGCAACAGCCCCCCGUGCCGCUCUUGCUGACUUCGUGCCUUGGCCACGAUUCGGUCAACCUGUACUGGCACCUCCCACCGACGUACAAGCCACUGAACGGCCUCCCAAUUCAAUUCACGCUCGAGGUGUGUUCCCGCAAAGAGAAGCGGUCGCGGGGCUACUACGAUCGAUUUAGCGCGGUAUACACGGGAACCAAACUCACUUUUACGAUGUACGGUCUCGCGCCCGCCACCUUGUACGCUGCCCGGUGUCGGAGCUUCCACAUCAUGGAGAAAGGCGCGUGGUGUCCUCCGAUGCAAUUUAUUACUCUCGAAGCGCCCACGAACGCAUGGCAAGUGUCCCAGUGCACGUCGAUUCGUGCUGCACUGCGCUUCUUGCGCGAUUCGACUGACGUGCUCGUGCACCGAAAAGCCAUCCAGUGGCUGUGCAACGCCUGCGACCAUACGUUUGACGACAAGGACGACGAUACCGAGAGUAGCAACAACAACGCGGCGACAUUGUGGCACGACGUCGAGUCCGACUGGAUCGACGGGUGUGCGUUCGACGUACUGCAAAGCUCGGUCGACCGCUUCCGACAUGCAAUGGACCAUGUCCUCGACUGCCUCCUCGUGCUCGGCCACGUGUGCAGCUUUCGCACCGCGUUUCGCGAUCGGCUUGUGGACAUUCCGCACCUACAAUGGCUCCUCGACCUCUUCCUCGAGUUUCGCAGCGAAGCCCGACUCAUGGAAGCCGGCUUGGCCUUUUUGGGCUACUGCAUCAAGGAUUUUGAAACCGGCAAGCAAGUGUUUAUGGCGAUCCACGCGAUGCCGCGUGUGCUCGACCUCAUCGAGACGCACCCUGCCGACGACGGCGUCGCCCGCGAAGCGUCCUACGUCCUCGCGGCACUCUGCCAGAAUUUUCCGCCGGGGCAACAACUUAUGGGCAUGCACCAAGGCAUCCGGGUGCUCGCCAAGGUCCUCGCCGCGUUUCCGUACCACCCGAAAGUGCUCUACUGGGCCUGCCUUGCGCUGGGCAACGUCGCAUGUGAUUUUCCAGCCAAUCAAGCGCGCGGCCAAAAGUACCACAUUGUCGACUGCCUCGUCCAGAGCAAGAUUAAAUUCAUCAUGAAGCGGGACGCGCUCAGUGACGCAAUGGCCAAGGAAGUCGAGAUUCUCGACGGACUGCAUGCCACGGCGAUGGGCGAAGAAGCGCGCAACGUUAUCGAGCGGCACGAAACCCGCUUGGAGGGACUUCGCGCCAUGUACAACUAUAUGGAAAGUGAAAAUGUCAUUGGUGUCGCGAAUUUUGCCCUCGACUAUAUGAUGAACGACGAGCAAAAGGCGAUCCAAGAACGCACGCGCCACCUCGCGCGCAAGAUGGGAGCUGUGUACCUCCAAUCGGCGCUUCAGCACUGGAAGCAACAGACUGACAAGGUGCGCGAUGGUGCAGUCCUCCGUGCCUUCCUCGCACGUCUGCAGGAGCGAGAGCUCUUUGCGGCCAUGCGCCAAUGGGAGUGCGCGAACCGCCAGCUCCGCGUCGAGCAGCAAACAUUUGCUGCGACGCUGAAGCAAACCGGCCUUGCGCUCAACUUGGGCAAGAAAAAAGCUGAGCGGUACCGUCUCAUGGUCCUGAGCAAAUAA